GGCUACAAGGCUGGCAUGACCCACACCGUGCGCGAGGUGCACCGGCCCGGCCUCAAGGUGUCCAAGCGGGAGGAGGUGGAGGCCGUGACCAUCAUUGAGACGCCCCCGAUGGUGGUGGUGGGGCUCGUGGGCUACAUCGAGACCCCCAAGGGCCUGAGGAAUUUCAAGACUGUUUUUGCUGAGCACAUCAGCGAUGAGUGCCGCCGGCGCUUCUACAAGAACUGGCACAAGAGCAAGAAGAAGGCGUUCACCAAGUACUGCAAGAAAUGGCAGGAUGAGGCUGGGAAAAAGCAGCUGGAGAAGGAUUUUGCAGCCAUGAAGAAGUACUGCAAGGUCAUCCGUGUCAUUAUGCACACACAGAUGAGGCUGCUCCCCCUGAGGCAGAAGAAGGCCCACAUCAUGGAGAUCCAGCUGAACGGGGGCACGGUGGCUGAGAAGGUGGACUGGGUGCGGGAGAGGCUGGAGAAGCAGAUCUCUGUGCACAGUGUCUUCAGCCAGAACGAGAUGAUCGAUGUCAUCGGCGUGACCAAGGGCCAUGGCAUGAAAGGGGUGACCAGCCGCUGGCACACCAAGAAGCUGCCCAGGAAGACGCACAAGGGCCUGCGGAAGGUGGCCUGCAUCGGGGCCUGGCACCCGGCCCGCGUGGGCUACUCCAUCGCCAGGGCCGGCCAGAAGGGCUACCACCACCGCACCGAGAUCAACAAGAAGAUUUACCGCAUUGGCCACGGGAUCCACGUGGAGGAUGGCAAGGUGGUGAGGAACAACGCCUCGACGCACUAUGAUAUCACUGAGAAGACCAUCACGCCCAUGGGUGGUUUCCCUCACUAUGGGGAGGUCAACAACGAUUUCCUCAUGCUGAAGGGCUGCGUGGUGGGCACCAGGAAGCGCGUCCUCACCCUGCGCAAGUCCCUCCUGGUGCACACGAGCCGCCGGGCCCACGAAGCCAUCGAGCUCAAAUUCAUUGACACCACUUCCAAAUUCGGCCACGGCCGCUUCCAGACGGCUCAGGAGAAGAGAGCUUUCAUGGGCCCCCAGAAGAAGCAUUUGGUGAAGGAGAAGCCAGGUGUGCAGGAAGAGCUCUGA